AUGAGGGUCAUCAGAGCCGCCAGGGCCGUCAAUGGCGGUCUCCUCCGUCCAUCUCAUUCUCUGGCCAGUCGCGCUCAGCGCUUGAGCUUCCUCAACACUUACCAUGUCGCGCAGCCCUCAAGUGGCCCUCAACCGGCUCGCGUUCCUUUAGUGUCAUCAUGCCGGAGGUUCACAACGUCGCUGAGGUUACGAUCCUCGGCUGCUGCUGAAGCGUUACGAGCGGCCCAGGAAGAGGCUUCCAAUGUGACCGUUGAGACCGCCGCGGCGCGCUUGAGUCCCGAGGAAGCACUCAGGCUUUCGCGAGUACGAAAUAUCGGAAUCGCUGCCCACAUCGACAGCGGAAAAACGACAUGUACUGAGCGAAUUCUCUUCUACACGGGCCGAAUCAAGGCGAUACACGAGGUCCGAGGCAAGGAUUCCGUCGGUGCCAAGAUGGACUCCAUGGAUCUCGAGCGUGAGAAGGGUAUCACCAUCCAGUCCGCCGCGACCUUCUGCGACUGGACCAAGACCGAGAAUGGCGAGGACAAGCAGUUCCACAUUAAUCUCAUCGACACCCCAGGCCAUAUUGACUUCACCAUUGAGGUCGAGCGUGCUCUUCGUGUCCUUGACGGUGCCGUCAUGAUCCUCUGCGCCGUCAGCGCGGUGCAGAGUCAGACCAUCACCGUCGACCGUCAGAUGAAGAGGUACAACGUCCCCCGCAUCAGUUUUGUCAACAAGAUGGAUCGCAUGGGUGCGAAUCCCUGGAAGGCCGUUGAGCAGAUCAACUCCAAGCUCAAGAUUCCCGCCGCCGCUAUUCAGAUCCCCAUGGGCGCCGAGAGCGACUUCGAGGGUGUCAUCGACAUUAUCGAAAUGAAGGCCAUCUACUUCGAAGGACCUAGAGGCACCAAGGUGAGGGUGACCGACGAGAUUCCCGCCCAAUUCAAGGACAUGGCACUUGAGAAGCGGCAGGUCCUCAUCGAGAAGCUUGCCGAUGUCGAUGAUGAAAUGGCCGAGAUGUUCCUGGACGAGCAAGAGCCUACCAUCCCCCAGAUCAAGGCUGCUAUCCGACGCGCCACCAUCGGCCUCAAGUUUACCCCCGUGAUGAUGGGUACCGCUCUCGGCGACAAGGGUAUCCAGCCCGUCCUCGAUGCCGUCUGCGACUACCUGCCGGACCCCGGUGAGGUUGAGAACUUGGGUCUCGACACAUCCAAGAACGAGGAACCCGUCGCUCUUGUGCCGUAUAACUCUCUGCCGUUUGUCGGACUGGCCUUCAAGCUCGAGGAGAACAACUACGGCCAGCUCACAUACAUCCGAGUCUACCAAGGCAAGCUGAAGAAGAGCAGCUACCUCUUCAACUCCCGAACGGGCAAGAAGGUCAGGAUCCCCAGAAUUGUGCGCAUGCACUCCAACGAAUUGGAGGACGUAAACGAGAUCGGCGCCGGCGAAAUCUGUGCCGUCUUCGGUGUUGACUGUGCUUCGGGUGACACCUUCACCGACGGUGGGCUCCCUUACGCCAUGUCGUCCAUGUUCGUUCCCGAGGCCGUCAUGUCGCUCUCCAUCAAGCCCAAGAAGUCGAGUGACGCCGACAACUUCAGUAAGGCCAUGAACCGCUUCCAGCGCGAGGACCCGACUUUCCGACUUCACGUCGACCCCGAAAGCGAGGAGACCAUCAUUUCUGGUAUGGGAGAACUCCAUCUCGAAAUCUACGUCGAGCGCCUUCGCCGAGAGUACAAGGUAGACUGCGUGACCGGACAACCCCGUGUCUCGUACAGAGAAACUAUUGGCCAGCGAACCGAGUUUGACUUCCUCCUCAAGCGCCAGUCGGGUGGUCCUGGAGACUAUGCCCGUGUUGCCGGCUGGAUUGAGCCCAACGAUGACCCGGAGACAAACCUCUUUGAGCAGCAGGUUGUCGGUGGCAGCAUUCCCGAGAAGUUCCUCAGCGCUUGCGCCAAGGGUUUCGAGCAGGCGUGCCAGAAGGGUCCCCUCCUUGGCCACAAGGUCAUUGGUGUCAAGAUGGUCAUCAAUGACGGUUCCACUCACGUUACUGACUCCUCCGAUUACGCCUUCAGCUUGGCUACUCAAAUGGCCUUCGAGAAGGCUUUCAAGGAGGCCAACGGUCAGGUGCUGGAGCCCCUCAUGAAGACCCACAUCACGGCCCCCAAUGAGUUCCAGGGCAACAUUCUUAUGCUCCUGAACAAGCGCACCGCGACCAUUCACGAUACUGAGGUCGGCUCCGAGGACUUUACCAGCGUCUCUGACUGCAGUCUCAACUCCAUGUUUGGCUUCAGCACUCAGUUGAGAGCUGCCACUCAGGGCAAGGGCGAGUUCAACCUCGAGUUCAGCCACUACGCCCCUGCGCCUCCUCAUCUCCAGAAGGAGCUGGUUGCCAACUACCAGAAGGAGCUCGAGGCUAAGCGAACCAAAUAA